AUGGACCUCCCUUUCUUUACGGAUCCUCUGAUGACUGGCCACCCACUGUACUAUCUGGAGCUUCGUCGGAAGGUUCUCCUGGUAAAAUCGCCCCACGUAGACAUCGUAUCUGAGUCCAAGUAUGCGAACUCUUUUGCGUCCAUGCAACGCGUUUUUGGAUAUAUUCACAAGUUUGUCAACCGGAUUCGGCAUUCCGGACGCACUGUUUCUGACAUUGAACAUGGAACUCAGUUAUUGGUGCGGCUAGUCCAGCGUACUGAACUAAGGGAAGACAUGAAGACACUGCGUGCUAAGGGGGUGGUCUCCUCAUCUAGUUCCCUCGUAUCGUUGAAUCCUUUCAUGGAUCAUUUCGAACUUCUCAGAGUUGAUGGCCGGCUGAAGAACUCGUCGUUGGAUUUUGAUGGCCGUCAUCCCAUCAUCCUGCCCAGCAGUCAUCCGCUUAACUUUCACGAACGGAAUCUGCACGCUGGACCUCGAGCUCUGCUUGGAUUAAUCCGAUCCCAAUAUUGGCCUAUUGGGGGGAGGAAAACGGUAACCAAGGCCGUAAACAAGUGCGUAAGAUGCUUUCGAACGAAGCCUAGAGUAUUGGAGCACAUCAUGACGGAUCUUCCGAAGGAGCGGCUAGACGGUUCUCAUGCCUUUGAGAUCACAGGCGUCGACUUUUGUGGCCCUUUUUUCUACAAGCCAGAGGCACGCAACAAGGCUCCAAUCAAAUGCUACGUCUGCGUCUUCAUUUGCUUUGCGACUAAGACUGUUCAUUUGGAGCUGAUCAAGGAUUUGUCUACAGUCUCCUUUCUGCACGGCCUAAAGCGGUUCAUAUGCAAAAGACGAAGGCCACGACAAAUUUGGUCAGAUAACGCAACCAAUUUUGUCGGCGCCAGGAAUGAGCUUUUGGAUCUAAAGCGCCUAUUUCUCAGCGACGACCAUCAGAAGGCGGUCCUGGAAUUUUGUUUGGUUGAGGCUAUUGACUGGCACUUCAUACCGCCACGCUCCCCGCACUUUAGAGGCCUGUGGGAAGCUGAAGAGAAGACGGCCAAGUAUCACUUCUAUCGUGCUAUAGGCACCUCGGUGCUUGGAUUUGAAGAACUGCGUACGCUGUUAUGCCACAUCACGGCAGUUAUUAAUUCAAGACCCUUAGUAUCCAUUUCAGGGAAUCCUGCCGAUCUGGACGUUUUAGCUCCAGCUCAUUUCUUGAAUGGCGGACCUCCUGCUUCGUUCGCUGAGCCUCACGUAACUCAGCUAAAAUUCGAUCGCCUGAACGGAUGGCAGCGAGUUUCAUAUUUGCAGCAGAUCUUCUGGUCCCGAUGGAAGGAAGAAUACAUCACUUCACUGCAACAGCGCUCAAAGUGGCGCACGCCGAAGCCUAGUUUGGCAGUCGCAGAUGUGGUCCUUGUUAAGGAUGAGAAUCUCCCUCCCAUGAAGUGGCCACUAGCUAGGGUGGUCGAACUAUUACCCGGAAGAGAUGGCGUCGCCCGAGUCGCUGUUCUGAAAACUGCAUCUGGAAUGACCAAGCGAGCCGUUAACAAGCUGUGUCUGCUUCCCCUUAAAGAUGCUGUUGAAAGUCAGGCUUCCAACGGGGGGAGUAUGUUGGGUCAAGCAGCAUAA